AUGCCACCCAAAAACAAAAAGCAAAGGGAGAUUGUGCUGGACGAAAGGUUCCAGGCCAUUGUGCUCACGGACUCCUUUGAGACCCGUUUCAUGCCUUUGACAUCAGUGAAACCAAGAUGUCUUCUUCCAUUAGUGAGCGUCCCAUUGAUCGAGUACACUUUGGAAUUCUUAGCCAGAGCUGGCGUCAAUGAAGUUUACUUGAUGUGUUCCUCCCAUGCUGAUCAGAUCCAGAAGUAUAUUGAGGAGUCUAAAUGGGCCACCAACUCUCCAUUCAAGGUUACAACCAUCAUGAGUUUAGAAUCUAGAUCCGUGGGUGAUGCCAUGAGAGAUUUGGACAACAGAGGCCUCAUUACUGGUGACUUUCUUUUGGUCUCGGGUGAUGUCGUAACUAACAUUGAUUUUGACAAGGUCAUGGCUUUCCACAAGCAAAGGAAGGCCGUUGAUAAGGAGCAUAUUGUUUCGAUGGUGCUCACUUCAGCAAGUCCAUUGCAUAGAACAAGAUCUCAUGUUGAUCCAGCUGUUUUCAUAUUGGAUAAACAGUCCAAUCGCUGUCAUUACUAUCAAGAUAUCCCUCCUGCUGGAGGCAAAAAGAGCAGUAUUAACAUUGAUCCAGAAUUAUUGGAGGACAUUGAUAACGACUUUGUCAUUCGCAAUGACUUGAUUGACUGCCAUGUUGACAUUUGCUCUCCACAUGUUCCUCAAAUCUUCCAAGAAAACUUUGAUUAUCAAACCCUUCGAAGCGAUUUUGUCAAGGGUGUCUUGUCCUCUGAUUUGUUGAAGAAAACAAUCUAUGCAUACAUCGCCGAGGGUGCUGAAUACGCCUCUCGUGUCGAAAGUUGGGAUACUUAUGAUGCCAUCUCCCAAGACGUUUUGGCUCGUUGGUCUUACCCUCUUGUUCCUGACAUGAACUUGAUUGGACUGUCUUACAAGUAUGAAUUCAACCAUGUUUACAAAGAAGAUAAGGUUGUGUUAGCUCAGUCUUGCAAAGUCGGAAACAGUACUUCUAUUGGUGCAAACACAAGUGUGGGUGCUAAUACUGCCAUUGAAAAAUCGUCUAUCGGUCGCAAUUGUAAGAUCGGUGCUAAUGUGACCAUCAAAAACUCCUACAUUUGGGACAAUGCAAUUAUUGAAGACGAAGCGGUACUUAAUAACGCUAUUAUUGCUAGUGGUGCUGUCAUAAAGCGUGGUGCUGAUGUCCGUAAAGGUGCAGUCAUUGGCUACAACGUUAUAGUUGGUACCGGAAAAACAGUUUCUCCACAUACCAGAAUUGUCGAUAAGCCCGUCCAAAAAGAGUUCAGCGACGGGGCGUUUGAGCUGGACGACGAGGAUGAGUCAGGUAAUGCUGAAGCAGGACAGACCAACGCCAAUGAUUUGGACAUUGUUGGUGAGGACGGCGAAGGUGUCAUGUACAUGUCUGACAGAGAGUUUGAUGAUGAAUCCGAACUGGAAAGCGCCUCUCUCAACAACAGCAUUUACCAGUUGAGUAAUCUUAACGUUUCAGAUGACUCUAUUGCAUCGGUCACAAAGAAGAAGAUAAAGAGACAUGCUCGCCACAACUCCCGCAGCAGCAGAAGAAUGUCGGCAACAUCUAUACUUUCCACUGACUAUGAAUUCGAGGAAGAAGAGCAAGAGGACUUCAAUAAGGAAGCUGUUGCUACGGUUGAAAGAGCCAUGGAGAACAACCAUGACUUGGACACUGCCCUUCUUGAGCUUAAUACAUUGAGAAUGUCCAUGAAUGUGACCUACCACGAGGUCCGUCAAGCCACUGUUCUGGCCAUGGUGAAGAGAAUUGUUCACUUUGUGUCUACUGAUACUCUCAACGUGAAGGAGGCUGCAGCAAAGAUCUUCAACGACUGGGGAGGACUCUUCAAGAGGCAAGUUUUCUCUCAGGAAGAACAACAGGACCUUGCACAGACCAUCCAGGAGGCUUGUAUCACUGUGGACCAAGAGUACAAUCAGGUUGUGUUGUUUAUUGCUCUUCGACAACUUUACGAGAAGGAUAUUAUCGAAGAAGAUAACAUUUUGAAGUGGUGGGAUUCCGAAGCCUCGUCUGAAAACGAAGGCUUGAGACAAGUGCGUGGUUUGACGGCGCAGUUUGUCGAAUGGUUACAAGAUGCCGAAGAAGAAAGUGAAGAGGAGAGCGAUUAA